UUCAGAUGAUUCGUGGUUUUGUUGGUGCAGACUGAAGGUCUGACUGAACAGAAAAUUCAGUUGCUACUGCUUACUUAUCUAUCAUAAGCGGGCACUCUGAGUGUCCUGCCAGGAAGUUGAAUUUGAAGUUCUUUUUAAAAACAAGAAUACAAGAUGGUGGACAAGUGCAAGAACUGCGGGGCUGGGGAGUUUGAUGUGGAUCCUAAGACUGGGGCGACGAUAUGCGUGGAGUGCGGCGUGGUCCAGGACGAGAACAGCAUCGUCAAUGAAUUGCAGUUCAUGGAGAACUCCCGAGGGCAGAGCAGCGCCAUGGGACAGUUCAUAGCUCACGACUCCAGUGCUCCCAGACCCAUGUUCAAUGGCUGCCAGGGUACUUUUUCAAAGGAGAGUCGAGAACUCACGUUACAGAAAGCUAAGAAGAAGAUAGGAGCCUUAGCAACGUCUUUAGGGUUGAGUAAGCACGUAGAUAGUCUCGCCAAUGGCUUCUUCAAGAUGUGCUUGAGUCGUGGUUUGUGUAGAGGAAGGAAAAGUGCGCACCUCAUUGGUGCAUGUGUUUACAUGGCAUGUCGAGAAGAGCAAACACCACAUAUGCUCAUAGAUGUUAGUGAUGCAGCUGAAAUUGAUGUCUAUGAGUUAGGUCGGACAUACCUUCGGAUAUGCACAGCUCUUCACAUCUCCAUGAAGUCUAUUGAUCCUUGUAUCUAUAUUCUAAGGUUCUCACAUAAGCUCGAGUUUGGCGACAAAGCACACGAUGUGUCAAACACUGCAUCCCGUCUUGUCGUGAGGAUGAAGAAAGAUUGGAUGCACACGGGGCGACGACCGUCGGGCAUCUGUGGUGCUGCUCUAGUCAUUGCCGCCAGGUUUCAUAACUUCAAUAGGACCAUACAGGAUGUGAUUAAGGUGGUCAGAGUACACGAGUCUACCAUACGGAAACGACUCACUGAAUUCGGCAGCACACCUUCAAGCGACUUGACACUCGAUGAGUUUAUGAACACAGAUUUAGAUCAGUCAGAAGAUCCUCCAGCUUUCAAAGCUGCACGAAGACGAGAAGAAGAGCAGCUACAGAAAAUGAUGGCACAAGAAAACGACCUUAACAAUGAAUUCACCGAUAUACAGAUUGAAAUUGAACGAAUUUUGAGUGAACGUAAGAAGCGGUUACGUGGAUUGUUCGCCGAGACUGCCACUGUUCCUGAGACAACUGAAAGUCGAGUAGAAAUGUCGCGGGAACACAGUGACGCCGCACAAUUCAUGGCUGAGGCUACCAUAGAUUCAAUACAAGAGUGUCUGGAACAAGAUUCUAACUGCUACGAAGAUUCUGGAACUCCUCGCGAGAUUUUGCCCACCACUGCCAGCCUCGGUCUUAAGCAGACAAUAGAGGAGAGCAUGGAGGUGAGACCGUCUGAGCCAGAGCCUCCUGAAUCUGAUUUGCUUGAUUUGGAAGGUAUUGAUGAAGAUGAAAUCGACUCUUACAUUCUCACUGAUCGAGAGAAAGAAGCAAAAACAAAUUUAUGGCUAGAUGUCAAUAAAGAAUUUCUGGAAGAACAAGAGAAGAAGAGAGAGCAAGAACGAUUAGAGGAAGAACAACGAAUAAAAGAAGGUAAGCCUGUGAAGAAGCGGAAACCUUACAGGAAGAAAGGAACUAACGACCCUCCAGCGAAUACAGCUGGUGAGGCAAUGGAGCGACUUAUCAAGGCCAAAAAACUAUCCAACAAAAUCGACUAUAGCGUUCUGAAGAACUUAAACGGCGAGAGCGACCACGUUGGUGAGACACGGAGCUUGGUGCCAUCGCGGUCCAGCCGCUCGAGCAAAAAAUCGAACGCCUCGCACGCGCCGUUGCCUGAGAAGCUCACGGAAAUAAUGCAGUCUUUGACAGGAGAGCGAACUCCGCAAGAGGCCAUCAAUAAAGACUUGAGCCUGCACGAUGAUCUCGACGACUAUGACGAGGAACCCGUGUCCAAGAAAAUCAAAGCUGAUGAAGUUCCCGCUCAAAUUGUGGAGAAUGACGAUAUCGAGGGUGAUAUGGAUGAAGAUGAUCGGGAGGAGGAUGAGGUGGGGGAAGAAGAGGUUGAUGACGAUUUAAGAAGUUUAUUAGAACCUGAAGGUGAAGACGAUUACUCUGAUUGAUAACUUUUGAAAGAACAAUUAUGUGUCCUGUAGAACUGUCAGUGUUGUUUUUUCUUUUUUAUAACCACAGCAUUUUAUAAGACAGUUUUUAUUGUUGAUUAAUUCUAUUGAACGUUAUGAUCCUCCUUCAUUGAAUGGAAUUGAUUCUCGUUGUUUCUUAUAUCAGUUGCUCCAGUUAAAUUAUGUUGUAGAUUAACAUAAGGAAAAAGUUAACUUUGAAAGUAAUUUUGUGUGAGAUAAAUAAUACGUACCGGUAGUCAAAAAUUCCUUAUUGUUUAGUUAUGGCCAUUUUGAUCAGAACUGUGGUUUAUCUUCGUUUGAAGGUCCAUUGUGAAGAAUUUGUAAAAUAUUACAGUAGGUAAAUUGUAGUGUUUGAAAACGUAAACUUCCAAUCGUCGUGACACAUAAUUGUGACUUAUUUAAAAUUUUCAGUUAUGAAAUUUUUUUAGUGUAAAUUCUGCCAACGCACGUAUUAUUUCUCUCGCAUUGAUAAAUGAAUAAGAUGAGAUCGUUCAUUUUUUCGGUUUGUUGCAAAAAGUCGGGUCAUAAUCGUCUAUUUAGUUUCAUAAGUAUAAAGACGUCAUUUUUCGAUUUAAGAUAGCCCGUAUUUUAUUUAUAUAUUCUAAACUUAAGCGUUAGCAAGAUUCAUUUUGCAUUGUUGUCAUAAUGUGUGAUACUAUGAUUAGUCUGAAGCUUGUUUGAUCUCUUUUGACAUACAUCAUUAGUUUUUAUAUUACCAUUGUAACAGGACAUGAUGAAGGAAAACCACUUCAAGAAA